AUGAGUGAAAGUGAGAGCAUCCCCUUUGACAGCCUGCAUGAGCCACCUAGUGCUUCCCAUCAGGCGGAGGUGAGCAAAGAGCCUAGCAUCCAUAACAGAAGCAAGAGACCAACUUCUCGUUUGGAAAGUGAAGGCCUAAAUGCUAGUGCCAGAGAACAAGACAUGAGGGCCAACCACAGCACAGAGGAGGGCUUUCUCCUGCUGGGUUUCAUGGACUGGCCCUCCCUGCAGCCGGUCCUCUUCGCGUUUGUGCUUUUCUGCUACCUCCUGACUCUCACUGGCAACUCGGCGCUGGUGCUGCUGGCCGUGCGCGACCCGCGCCUGCACACGCCCAUGUACUACUUCCUGAGUCACCUGGCCCUGGUGGACGUCGGCUUCACCACGAGCGUGGUGCCGCAGCUGCUGGUCAACCUGCGCGGCCGCGCGCUGUGGCUGCAGCGCAGCGGCUGCAUCGCUCAGCUGUACACGUUCCUGGCGCUGGGGUCGGUCGAGGGUGUCCUCCUGGCGGUGAUGGCGCUGGACCGCGCGGCUGCCGUGUGCCGCCCGCUGCGCUACGCGGGGCUCGCGGCGCCAAAACUCUGCCGCGCACUGGCUGCCGCCUCCUGGCUGGGCGGCCUCACCAACUCCGCCGCGCAAACUGUGCUCCUGGCCACACAGCCGCUGUGCCCACCCUACCGACUGGACCACUUCUCCUGUGAGCUGCCGGCGCUGCUCAAACUGGCCUGUGGUGGCAGCCGAGAUGCCACCGAGCGCCAGAUGUUCGCUGCCCGCGUGGUCAUCCUGCUGGUGCCAUCCACUGUGAUACUGGCCUCCUAUGGGGCCGUGGCGCGCGCAGUGUGGGGCAUGCGAACCAGCGGGGGCCGGAAGAGAGCGCUGGGCACAUGCGGGUCCCACCUGACCGCGGUCUGCCUGUUCUAUGGCUCAGCCAUGUACACCUACCUGCAACCCAGGCACAGCUACAACCAGGCACGGGGAAAGUUUGUCUCACUUUUCUACACUGUGGUCACACCGGCCCUCAACCCACUCAUCUACACCCUGAGGAAUAAGGAAGUGAAGGGCGCAGUGAGGAGAUUGCUGGGGAGAGGGCAGACAGGACAGUGA